AUGCACCCAGACAGCUUCUACCGCAUCCGCCUCCUCAAGGACCUCUUCCGCAUCGUCGCCGUACCAUGCCUACUUCUCUCCGCUCUCCUCCGAAUAUUCGACCGCAAUCCCGGGCUGCUAACCCUCCCUCUCCAUUUUCUCUUCCUCGUCGCAUCCGCCCUCUCCAGAAAUCACUACUGGGACUGGGUCCAUGCCCGCGAAGCUACUCGCCUCGGCGCCGUCCAGAUUCCCCGUGUCCGCGGAAAGUGGCCAGGGAAUAUCGACAUUUACUUUGGCCUCGUCAAGGCCGCCCAAUCCAGGUCCCUUGGAUCCUACCAGCUCGACCUAUUCGAACAGUACCAGUCCACCACCCUUAAUCUUCGCCUCCUAUGGCAGGACCUCAUCAUCACCAUGGACGCGAAACACAUACAGGGUAUCCUCGCCACUGGCUUCAACAACUUCUGGAGAGGUCCCCGCCAAAAAGAACGCCUUGAGGUCUUUUUAGGCGAAGGCAUCUUCAAUCGCGAUGACGACUCUUGGAAAGCGCACCGAGCCCUUGCGCGCCCCUUCUUCGCCCGCGACCGCAUUACCGACUUUGAGCUCUUCGAGCGCUACACCACAACCACGCUCGCCCUCAUCUCAAAAUUCGCUGCCACCGGCCGUCCCAUCGACGUGCAGGACUUGUACGCCCGCUUCACCCUUGACGCCGCCUCCGAGUUCCUCUUUGGUAAGAAUGUCGCCACUCUUGCCAGUCAGCUCCCCGAGCCUGGCCGUGCACGCAUGGGCGCCAUGGGCUCCGCCACAGACGACGCCUUUGGCGCGUUCGCUCAGGCAUUCGAGGCCGCCCAGGUCCGCGUCAUCACCCGUGCCCGCCGCGGCUACUUUUGGCCCGCGUUUGAGUUCUUUUUCCCGGACCCUCAAGUCCGCUUCCGCCGCACCAUCGACCGCUGGGUCAGCCCCCUCGUCGAAGAUGCCCUUGACAACAGAUCCUCCAUGCGCAAGGCUGGCUUAAAAAGCUCCCUCGACCAGAGCGUCUUUCUCGAGUAUCUCGCUGACAGCACUGAAGACCGCAAAGUCAUCCAAGAUCAACUGCUCAACAUUCUGCUCGCGUCCAGAGACACCACAUCGUCCCUCCUCACUUCCAUCACGUACCUCCUUAGUGAACAUCCUGAUGUCACGCGAAAGCUGCGCGCCGAAGUCCUUGCACACUGCGGCCCCGAAGGUGCCCCCACCUUCGCCACCAUCAAGUCCAUGCGAUACAUGCGCGCAGUCAUCAACGAGACCCUACGGUUAUUUCCUCCUGUGCCCACUAACGCGCGUGAGAGCCGCCCGCAGGCGUCGUUGCUCCCCGAGUCUGACGGCACCUACCACGCGCCCGCGCGCCCGCUCUACGUCCCUCCCUCGACGCCCUUCCAGUACCUCUCCUUCCUCACCCAGCGCAACCCCGCGCUCUGGGGUGCCGACGCGGCCGCGUUCGACCCCGAACGCUGGCUCGACGCGCGCCUCGCGACGUUCACCGCGAACCCGAUGAUCUUUACGCCCUUCAGCGCCGGGCCACGCAUCUGCAUCGGCCAGAACUACGCGCUCAACGAGGCCUCGUGCUUCCUCGUGCGUCUCCUCCAGCAGUUCGACUCGUUCGCUCUCGCCCCCGACGCCCAGCCCGCCGGGUCGCUGCCCCCGCCCGCGUGGAAGGCCGGCCGCGGGCGCGACCCCGUCGAGAAAAUAUGGCCGCAGGCGGCCCUCACCGCGUUUGUAAAGGGCGGCCUCUGGGUGCGCUUUGGCAGGGCCGCGCGGUGA